AUGGCCAAAUUGCAAAAAGCAGACGCGUGCGCGUUGCUUUGGCUCUUUACUCGGAGAGGGGAGCACUUUCACCUGACGAGGCUGCGCGGGCGUCGACCCUCGUUGGCCUACUCCGCUGACCUACUACAAACGAACCGAAACACUACACUUUCGUUUCUGUCGAGCUCAUCAUUAGCAUUAGAAUGCGAAUUUGCGCUCGGCUCACGUUUGCAAGAUAAGUCAGUCAGGGUCGAAGCGGUGCCGACGGCCGGCCAUGCACCCGCCUUGCGACACCGCCCGCCCCGCUCCCCAUGCCCCCCGCUAUAUGUACUGCCAACCUUAAUCACCAACAUGCCACAGGAAAAUAACACCUAA